CUGAAACAAACAGUGUUACUUACAUGCUCUGUAAGGUUGAGUAUUUCUUUUAUUUAAUUGUUUUCAACGAAAAACUGUCACGCAUUGGAUUCUAAAUACAAGAACAAAUGAAGAUUACACUAACGCGAUCUGUCAUAAUAACUAUGUUCGGUCGAGUGUUUAUGUCAAAUUUUCGUAAUAUUUCGCUUCUCUCGAGGGUGUGGAAUGGUUCUAACAGAAUAUUGGCUGGUAAACAAUCUGAGGAAAAAAUGAUAUCAAUUUUAAGAAACAAAUUUCCCGAAGCUAAAGUUAUAGAAGUAAAUGAUAUAUCAGGAGGAUGUGGUGCAAUGUUUGAAAUAAAUGUCAUUGCACCAGAAUUUAAAGGAUUAAACACUAUUAAGCAGCAUCGAUUAAUUAAUGAAGCACUUAAAGAAGAGAUUAAGGAUAUGCAUGGUGUCAGAAUAUAUACAAGUGCUCCUAAAUGUUAG